AUGAGAGCUGCAAAUUCAAAUUAAGGAUAAUAAACAUUACUUCCAGAUGUCAAUGAAAUUAAUGAAUACAUUAAAGAGUACUUGAGAUAUUCUAACUAUUAUAAUACAUUUGAAUGCUUUGAAGCAGAAAUUAAGAGUAAAUAGGUUACCAAUAAAGUAGAUUAUUAAAUUACUAUUCUAGAUGUUGAAUAAGUAAUAAGUCAUUAAGUAAACAGGGGAUGAUAUGCCUCGUAUCUUUCACUUGUUAAAAAGCGAUAAUAUUAAAUCUAAACGAGAAAUCAAUCUAGAGAAGGAAUCAAAGUAAUUUAAUAAAAAUACCAAUAAAUACUUUAAGCAGGUAGAUAAAUAUUUUCUGUAAGCAUAAAUCUAUUGUAAUUGCUACAUUCAUUAAAAGAAACAGCUAAAAAUGAAAAUCUAAGUGAAACAUUAGAAAACUAUAAAAUAUAAUUAGGAAAAUACCAUAAAGUAAUUAUAAAUGAAGGAAAACCAGAAGGCACAGAAUUGAUUACUGAAUAAGUCAUGCAUGAACAUAAAACUAAGCUAUUUAAAAACUAUUAGGAUAAAAUAUAGAUG